AUGUGGCUUAUCAACACUCAGACUUGUCGGUUGGAGUUAGUCGACGAGCCAGAAGAAUACACGUAUGCAAUAUUAUCGCAUACCUGGGAGGAUGAGGAGGUCUCCUUCCAAGAAUUCCAAGCCCCCGAGCAGCCUCACGGGAAAAGGGGGUUCAGAAAGAUCAUGCGCACGUGCGAACUGGCGUCUGCUCGCGGCUUGCGACACGCUUGGGUAGAUAGCUGUUGCAUAGACAAGUCUAGCAGUGCGGAGUUAUCCGAGGCCAUCAAUUCCAUGUUUAGAUGGUAUACGAACGCCGCCGUUUGCUUUGUAUUUCUGUCCGACCUCCCAUCCGGCUCGUCGUUUGAAGAGCAUUUCCCACGCUGUAGAUGGUUGACUCGGGGCUGGACCCUCCAAGAGGUGGUUGCCCCUAGGGCAGCGGAGUUCUACGACGCCAAGUGGGAGUUCAGGGGUCGCAAACCGGAAUUGAAUUCCUUCCUGGCCGAAGUCACCAGAAUCGACUAUGAAGUCUUAUGUGAUAGUCAAGCGAUGUUCGAAGUUCCCGUAGCAAGACGCAUGUCUUGGGCGUCAAUGAGGCAGACAACCAGGGUUGAAGAUACGGCCUAUUGUUUGCUGGGCAUAUUCGGCGUCAGCAUGCCAAUGAUAUACGGCGAAGGCCAUAAGGCGUUUAUGAGACUACAAGAGGAAAUUGCAAAAGAGAGCAGCGACUUGUCGUUAUUUGCGUGGACAGAUCUGCCAGGCCCCGAAAGCUGGAUUCAGCAAAGUUAUCGAGGCAUCUUCGCCAGGUCUCCCAGGGAGUUUUCCUACGCUUAUAAUAUAAAGCGAAGAGUUAAAGAUGCUAUCGUUGAUACAGAGUUCGCCAUUACCAAUAAGGGCCUUCGAAUCGAGACUGCCCUCAUUAGUAUUCCCGAGGCCACUGAGGACCUUGUCUGGGAUUUAGGCGUUUCCGAAAGGGAUGACUGGCCUAAGGAUAGGGCUGAUGGAUGGCUAGGCGUAUAUUUGACCAAGACUGCUAACGGCUACGUUCGCUCGAAAUCGCACUCUCUCUUCAAGGCAGAACCGCAAAUGAGACAUUACCGCGGCGAUAAUACUCUUGUAUAUAUUCGCAAAGAUCUUCGUCCCUCCGAGUCAGAAACGGUCGAAAAUCGAUUUCGGGGCGCGAUCUGUGCGGACUUCUCAAGAGCCCCUUGUCAGAUUGUCGCAGUUUCUCCUAAACAACUCUGGGACCAUAAUCGGAAUCUGUUCUUACGGCAAGGGCAAGGAAUCAAUGCCUACCUCUUACUGAGGCUUGGCGAUGUUGGAAAUAAUAAUUCGGGUGCACAGUUCAUCGUCGCGUUAUCCACCAUGGAUGAGCCCAUCUGUCAUAUAUUUUCCGACCAACACCCACUCUUUGUUCAAGCAUGUCACUUCAUGGACACUGCGAGAGAAAUCACGUACUAUGUUUCCGCAGACUACCUUAGGAUGCAAUUUCUACCUAGGAGAGGGCCGACGCAGUCCUCGCCUGCACUCUGUAGCGUCAGACAGCCACACUCAAAUUCGGUACUCCAUUUUCAAGCUGAACUCAAGCCACACGUCCUCGAGAAUCAGUUCUGUUACAACUUGGAGCUGGUCUUGGCUCAGACUGUACUUGAUAACCCCCUGACUGCCAGAGGCAUUAGCAGUAUGAAUUUAUGUUAA